CCAGGCAGCUAAUCAAAGGCACUUGGUGGAGCACAGGGGAAAGAGCCGGUUUUGGCCAGCUUGGAACUCUGCAAACCUACUGGGUCUGUCUGAAGUUUGGACACUCCGGGAGAACUCUUCAUUUACCGACUGCUUGACCUGAGAUCUAACCAUGUACGUACAGGGGCUUCUCAGCUUGGGUCUGCUUCUGUUGGUGCCUUCCCUGAUCGUUCUGCUGCCUGCAGUCCCGCCAAGUUUCUCCUUGUCCCUGCGGACUGAUUUGGGAAGCACCUCCUAUUGCCGACUGUCCCAGGCUGAGUCAGAGCGCAGGUGUCGAUUCCCAGGUGGGAAAGUCUGCAGCGGCAGAGGCCAUUGUGACUGUGGGGUUUGCAUCUGCCAAGUGACAGAACCAGGAAAAUACUAUGGGCCGCUGUGCGAGUGCCACGAGUGGGUAUGUGAAACUUACGAUGGAGAGACUUGUGCAGGCCAUGGGAGGUGUGACUGUGGAAAGUGCAAAUGUGAGGAAGGUUGGUAUGGCGAUGCCUGCCAGUUCCCUGUGACCUGCAACCUUACACGGAAGAAGAGUAAUGAAAUGUGCAAGAAUUCUCAAGACAUCAUCUGCUCAAAUGCAGGAACUUGCCAUUGUGGCAGGUGUAAAUGUGACAACUUAGAAGGGAAUGGAUUGAUCCAUGGUAAAUAUUGUGAAUGUGAUGACAGAGAAUGCAUAGACGAAGAGACAGGAGAGAUGUGUACAGGCCACGGAAAGUGUUACUGUGGAAACUGUUACUGUGAGCCUGGUUGGCAUGGCGAUAAAUGUGAACUCCAGUGUGACUUCACCCCAUGGGAGAUCAAGAAGAGAUGUACAUCUCCAGAUGGCAAAAUCUGCAGCAACAGAGGUACCUGUGUAUGCGGAGAGUGCACAUGUCAUGAUGUUGACCCAACUGGAGACUGGGGAGAUAUUCAUGGAGACACUUGUGAGUGUGAUGAACGAAAUUGCAAGGCAGUCUAUGACAGAUACUCAGAUGAUUUCUGUUCAGGUCAUGGACAAUGUAACUGCGGAAGAUGUGACUGUAAAGAAGGAUGGGUAGGGAAGAAGUGUGAACACCCCCGUUCUUGUCCCAUAUCAGCUGAAGAGAGUUUACGAAAAUGUCAAGGAAACUCGCAUUUACCUUGCUCUGGAAGAGGGAAAUGUGAAUGCGGACAAUGCACUUGUUUCCCACCAGGAGAUUCCAGAAUAUAUGGUAAAAUCUGUGAAUGUGACAACCGGCAGUGUGAAGACAUAGACGGCCACGUCUGUGGUGGUCAUGGGAUCUGUUCCUGCGGUCGAUGUAUUUGCAAAGACGGGUGGUUUGGGAAGUUGUGCCAACAUCCACGGAAGUGCAACAUGACAGAAAGUGAGAGCAGAAGCUUCUGUGAAUCAGCAGAUGACACAAUGUGCUCAGGAAAGGGUUCUUGUCACUGUGGAAAGUGCGUCUGUUCACCCCAGGAAUGGUAUAUUACUGGGGAAUUCUGUGAAUGUGAUGACAGAGACUGCGACAAACAUGAUGGCCUCAUUUGCACAGGAAAUGGUAUAUGUAACUGUGGAAACUGUGAGUGCUGGGAAGGCUGGACAGGAAAUGCAUGUGAAAUCUGGCUUGGGACAGAGUACCCCUAACAAUACCAUAGAAGAUGGAAGACCAAAAGAUUUCUGGUUUGGUUCACUUCUUUCUUAAAAAAAUAAAUCGCUAGAGUGGCUGCUAGAAUACUUACAUGAAUGACAAAAUGUAAUGAAACCAAACAAAACCUGCCACUGGAAAUAAGCAAUAGACCAGAGUAAGUUAAAAAAAAAAAAGAAAGAAAGAAAUCCAAAUGCUUAUCUCUUGUUCUGAUUCUGUAAGUGACAGCAAGACAGGAACCGUCCAAUACUACCUAGAAUAAAGUACAUCAUAUAAAAGUGCUAUACAUAACCUUUGCUGGAAAUUGCACAGAAGAGAUGCAUUGCAUAAUGUACUUGCUUACUGUAUUUCAGCUUCAUUAUAUAGCAAGGACAGUAUUUGUAUGAAAAAAGUAAGGUGCUUCAGCAAUGUGUAAAAGGUUUCAGAUUCAGCAAGGAAUGCAAAGCAUGUAAUCCAUUUGAGCAUGCUGAAUAUCUGCAUAGACAACCCAUCUCUAGUAAAUUGUUUCUGCACCCACCAUGACUUGCAGUUGCAGUUCUAAACAGAAUUACCCCUUUUAUGCCUAUUGACAUCAAUGGAUUUAGAAGAGUAUAACUUGGUUUAGGAUUGCACAUUUAAGCUUCGUUUAGGAUUGCACCCCAAGGUGGCCAUGGGAGUGGAGAGGAGGAUGUACAAAAGAGUUACCUUGAUGCACGAAGCGUCUGCAUCCUUCCAUGAGAGUUGCUCAGAACUAAAAUUACUUAACCUGA